AUGGCCAAAGGCACCAUCUCAAUGUCAUCCCCGUCAAAAACAGAAACCAGCAGUUCUUCUCUUUCCAUCGACUCGGUGCAUCCGAGCCCCUCCCCCUCCCCCCUCGGCUCCCCUGCCUUCUCCGAGUCGUCCUCUCGCUCUCACAGAACGUUCCACAACGAGCCGGUCUCGCCGUCCGCAAGAGAAUCAGAGGAAAAGCCCGCGCACCGUGACGCGCUCUUAUUACCAUCAACAUCCCCUAUCCCUACCCAACCGUCUUCCAGCCCCCCCAAAUCUCCAUCCCAACCCCCAACGCACGCGUCAAUGCUCCCUACGGGGUUCGCCAGCAUCCACGUAGGCAUUGGGAGCCCGAAGGUCGACUUUGCGCGCGACUGGCAAAGCUCGGGUUCUAAUAGCACUCUGCGGCGCGAGACGAGUGCUCCCUCAAGCACCAGGUCAGGGCCGUUGACCAUAGAAAGGAAGAUGGACGUGCGAGAGAAAACCAGGGCUUCGGAGAGGAGAGAUGAGAGCGAAAGGGAUACGCGGAGAAGUUUCGUCGACAAGGCAUCGGGGUUGCCCAGUCCUCCUGGGACGGAAAGCGACAUCGUAGUACCGCGGGAGAUACAGGGUAGUGCUUUGGGACAAGAGAGCAGGAGACUGGGCGAGUCUAUAGAGAAUCGUGCACCUUCAACCACAUCUUCAUCAUCCUCGCAUAUGUCGCGCCGUGCCGACUCGUAUUCCAACCCCCCCGGCGGUACACCAGAGCUUGCUCGCCCCAUUCACUCUCACCGGCCUGGUGGGUCCAUGUCUCGUUCCAGCUCCUCCACCUCUAUCGCGUUCAAUCACAAUAAAAGCCCAGAGUCCACGUCUCUGAGCGAUCGGAAGAGGGCCGAGAUCUUUGGCGGGUCCCGCUAUAGCCCUAGCUCGGAACUGUCCAGGAGUCAGUCUUCAUCGACAAGCAACAAAAGUCGUCAGACAAUAUCCCCUCGAGGUCGAGCACCUCCUUCUCUCGACCUUUCACCAAAAGCCAAGGCCAGAGCGAAGAUUGCUUCACCUGAACGGACGGCGAAAUUGCCUCCUGUCAGUGGUUCUGUUCGACGAUCUGCUCGCCGCCUGAGCGUCCAAGGGACACCGAGCCAAGAAACGCUGGAGGAAGAGCCAGAUUCUCAAGAACAGCGUCGUCGAUCUUCUCAAGGAGCUAUAUUGGACGAAAAGAUCAAGGAGGUCGAGGAAAAGAUCAUUGAAGUCAGCUCGCACAGGAAAAGACGUUCUGCCGAUGGUGCUUCUGCAAUGGGCAGCCCUUCGAAAGUCCAGACACCCGUCAAAGGUGAGCUUCGGAGGCACGACUCUUAUUCCAAGACAUCCACCCAAACCGCGUCUCCGGUAGCUGGUUCGAAGCUGGGGAUGCCAGUAGCGAGAUCAGGCGACGCGUCCAGAACAUAUGUCAAAGGAGAAAGCCCGUGGAGACUCGCAAAUGGGUCGGGAUCUCACAGGGAUAAUUUCGAAGAAGACGAGCGAUUACAGAGCGGUGAAAGAAGCGGCGGUAGCGGAGGAAGGAGUAGGAAGAGAUCGGGACUGCCAAACGAUUUCAAAGUCGGGAGUUUCUUCACUCCUAGCCCUCAGCGACAGGAUGAGCCUUGGUCUGCUCGUUCACGUUUUCGCCAAUCAGUCGAAUCCCCCAGCACCUAUCACUCGCCCCUGCCAAAUCGUUUCUCCACGACCUCACGUCUCAGCCGUGAUUUUGACCCUAUAUCAGCCCGCACAGAAAGUUUCGAUCAGAAGUCGACCACUUCCGGGCGAGACGAUACCUCUUCACAUGUUCGGAGGGCCUGGAGCCAAUCAAUUUCUGGCUUGCCCCGAAUGCAAGACAGCUUGGGACCUGGCCUUGAUGGCAGAGGCCUGCCGAGCAAUGUCGAUAGGUUUAGACCCGGCACAGUGCUGGACAAUCCUGCGGAUCGUUCACGCUAUAAUAACCUCCCCAGAGGACAACCUGAAAGAGGAGCCGACUUUGGUACUGGCCUCAGACGCGGGACGAGCAUGCUCGUCAGCGAGCGCGACCUCAUCGACCGUUCGCGCUUGACGUCUAUGGUGCCACUCGCCCCGGGCGACUCCAUCUCAGCUGUCGGAGCACGUUCCGAACGUGGGGAUCCCUCCAAUCCUGUUGCAAAGGAUCCUCUCGACGUCAUUCGAAAACUAGAAGCCCAACGCGCGGACUCGAGAAAGCGCUGGGACCAUAUGCCUCGUUCCAGCACAUCAAUGUCCUCCAUGAGAGACAUUUACCAGAAUCCUCCCAAGACGGCACCGCCAGUUGAUCGAAGGAGUACAGAGGUCCAGAAUGGCCGACAAUCUCUCAGUCCUUCAUACGGGCGAGGUGGAGGGUCGAGAGUGGGCGGGAUACCGGCGACAGAGCCACGACACAAGAGGAGCUAUACAAGCUUGGGAGGGCGUUCAAGCGCAACCAGCGCGAGCAUGGAACAGAGAUUGUUUGCUUCCAGCGAGCAUGGCCGUCUUUUGUUCGAGGCUUACCGCUCUCUUGAAUUCAAGCUUGGCUACCAAGACCCCUCUUCUCCCACCUAUCAACAUGACGCCCUUACGGCCCUCAAUACUGCUGCUCGCUCUUCGGAAGGUGUCAACAGCACGCUGCAGGCAGCUUACAACCUUGCCCACCAGAUCACGCUGGACGCUGCGGUUGAAGACAAUCCUGGCAAGGUCAGAGAGGGCUACACGGCGUUGACGAUGUUGUUGAGAGAUGCGGGUAAGGCUAGUGACCAAAGCGUGAGAGAUAUGACGAGAGUCAUGCUCGACAUACCACGACUCGUCGGAUCGUUUUCUGGCGGCUAUGGCCAAGUGCCGCAGCCGGCUACACCAGCUGGUUCGGUGAGGGGAGGUUUGCGCCGAUCCGAGUCCGUUGCUGCAUCGAUGGCGUAUGAUUACAAGACGCCAUCUUCAGAUGACAGGGCGCGGAGGUGGACCCCGUCUGCUGCCUCGAUGAAUAGUGAGAUAGGGUCACACGGAUCACCACUUCAUCAUCGCUACAGUGUCGAUAGUUCCCGCCGGAGCUUUGAUGUGCUGCGCUCUACCACGUCCCUCCGAUCUGCCACGUCUCUCGACACAUCCAAUUCCUACUCUUCACCUCUGUCGACCAGAAGCCCUCGAUCUCCUCAUGUCCGAUCUGGCUCCGCUGUGUCUUCCUUGGUAUCCAAAGUGCGAAAUAUGGGGCUGACUCCAAAAAAGAGUGUCUUGCCGCCCAGAGGUACCGGGUUCGGCGAGUUAAGCACUAUUGAGCAGUCACCUCCCCAGGAGUACUCGCCUCAGAUGGAUACCCAGCCCUUCAUAUCUCCUGAUCGAUCGCACGCCACAAUUCCUCGGUCCGAGUCCAAUUCUCCCGAAAAGCCUUCGCCCAAAAUCGACACUUCCUCACAAAUGUCUAGCGUGCAUCAAAGCUCGUCUCGCGGGAGCAGGAGUCCUUCCAAGAGCCCCUCUAAAAGUCCUUCCAAAGACAAUAUUUUGCGCAAAAAGUCAUCAUCAUCAUCUACUCACACCCUUCGCGGUGGAUCGUUCCCUUUGCCCCAAUCCUCUUCCUCUCGAGGUAAACCUACCACGGCUGUCAGCCAGAUCACUGCGGGUGACAUGAGCCCUCGAAAGCAGCACGCCAUGUCAAUAAAGUCGAGUGACUUGCAUAUUGACGAGCCGAAUUCGCCCAUGAGCCGGUUCUCGUUCCAGUCUCAGUCUCGUUUGAGCCAUGAGCAAUACGAAGAGGGCGAGUAUGCGUACGAGGACGGUGAACUUAGCAGGAGGAAUAGUGGUGGGGCCGAAAGUGACGCGGUCAGCGUGUUGGAGCAGAAUCUGGUGCUUGCUGCCAUGGAGCGGGAAAGGCAGAAGGAGGAUCAAGUCAGCUACGACAGCAAUAUACGAGAGGAAGAAGGGAAGGGUAGGAGGAUGACGGACCGAUUGAGGGCUAGUUUGAGAAGGGGCUCAAAUAGAUAUGCCGAGUGA